AACUAUUUCUACUAAUUUCUCUCUCUAGCAUUUGUCUGUGAAAGAACUCUCUCAGCUUCUUCCUUCCUCCGUUGUUGGCUAGCUGCUGCUCUAUCGCUUUCUGGUAUUGGAAUUAUCAGACAAUGAGAACGGUUUUCCUUUGGGAUUGAAGAAGCUUUCUGUGAAUUUUUGUUCCUUUUUCUCAUUCUCUUCUCUCUCUCUAGAGAGCUAGCUGGCUGGCUGGCUGGCUGCUUCCUAAUGGAAGCUGGGGAAGAUAAAGAUUGUUGUGUGAAAGUAGCGGUUCACAUCCGACCGCUCAUCGGCGAUGAACGACUCCAAGGGUGUAAAGACUGUGUCACUGUCGUCCCCGGGAAGCCACAGGUACAGAUUGGUACACAUUCCUUUACCUUCGAUCAUGUCUAUGGGAGCACAGGUUCUCCCUCAUCUAACAUGUUUGAAGAUUGUGUUGCUUCACUUGUUGAUGGUUUGUUCCAAGGAUACAAUGCUACAGUUCUCGCUUAUGGUCAGACGGGUUCUGGUAAGACAUACACCAUGGGAACUGGCUUCAGAGAUGGUUUCCAAACAGGAAUAAUCCCUCAAGUUAUGAAUGUUCUGUUCAGCAAGAUUGAAACUCUAAAGCAUCAAACUGAAUUCCAAUUGCAUGUUUCCUUUAUUGAGAUUCUAAAAGAAGAAGUACGAGACCUGCUGGAUCCCACUUCUUUGAGCAAAUCAGAGACUGCAAAUGGCCAUUCAGGGAAAGUUCCUGUUACUGGGAAACCUCCUAUUCAAAUCCGUGAAACAUCAAAUGGUGUGAUUACACUGGCAGGUUCCACUGAAUUCAGUGUGAGUACACUAAAGGAAAUGGCCGCGUGCCUGGAACAAGGAUCAUUAAGCCGGGCAACUGGGAGUACAAACAUGAACAACCAGUCAAGUCGUUCUCAUGCCAUCUUCACCAUAACAUUAGAGCAAAUGCGCAAGUUCAAUCCAGCUAUUUGUAGUGAUAGCAGUCUUAAUGAGACUAUGAAUGAAGAAUAUCUAUGUGCCAAGUUGCAUUUGGUAGAUCUUGCUGGAUCAGAGCGAGCUAAAAGAACAGGUUCCGAUGGUCUGCGUUUUAAGGAAGGUGUUCACAUUAACAAGGGCCUUCUAGCACUGGGUAAUGUUAUCAGUGCACUUGGUGAUGAGAAAAAACGCAAAGAAGGCGUUCACGUUCCUUACAGGGACAGCAAACUUACUCGGCUUUUGCAGGAUUCACUUGGCGGCAACAGCAGAACUGUUAUGAUAGCCUGCAUUAGUCCUGCUGAUAUCAAUGCUGAAGAAACUCUUAACACUUUGAAGUAUGCAAAUCGUGCUCGCAACAUCCAAAAUAAGCCAGUUGUCAAUAGAGAUCCUAUGUCCAAUGAGAUGAUAAAAAUGCGUCAACAACUAGAGUAUUUGCAAGCUGAGCUUUGUGCCCGGAUGGGUGGAUCUUCUUCUGAUGAAGUACAGGUUCUUAAGGAAAGGAUUGCUUGGCUUGAAGCUGCCAAUGAGGAUCUUUGUCGGGAACUUCAUGAAUACCGCAGCAGAUGCCCUGUUGCUGAGCAAUAUGAAACAGAUGUUCAAGAUGGUAGUACCUGCCCUGUAAAAAAUGAUGGGCUUAAAAGGGGCUUGCACAGCAUGGAGUCAUCUGAUUAUCAAAUGGGCGAAACAAUCACAGCAGGUGAUUCAAGGGAAAUUGACGAAGAAGUAGCAAAGGAGUGGGAGCACACACUUCUGCAAAAUACUAUGGACAAAGAGUUAAAUGAAUUAAAUAAACGUUUAGAAGAGAAGGAGUCGGAGAUGAAGCUUUUUGGAGAGUUGGACACUGCAACACUAAAACAGCACUUUGGAAAGAAAAUCAUGGAACUUGAGGACGAGAAAAAAACAGUGCAGCAAGAGAGGGAUCGUUUGUUGGCUGAAGUUGAAAACCUUGCUGCCGGUUCUGAUGGACAAAAGCAGAGGUUGCAAGAUAUCCAUGCCCAGAAACUGAAGGCACUUGAGGCUCAGAUUUCAGAGCUUAAGAAGAAACAGGAGAGCCAGGUUCAACUUUUAAAGCAAAAACAAAAAAGUGAUGAAGCGGCAAAGCGAUUGCAAGACGAAAUUCAAUCUAUAAAGGCGCAAAAGGUUCAAUUGCAACAAAGGAUAAAACAAGAGGCAGAACAAUUUCGGCAGUGGAAGGCCACUCGAGAGAAGGAGCUGCUGCAGCUACGGAAGGAAGGGAGGAGAAAUGAGUAUGAACGGCAUAAGCUUCAAGCUUUAAACCAGCGCCAGAAAAUGGUUCUUCAAAGAAAGACAGAAGAGGCUGCAGUGGCCACCAAGAGGCUAAAAGAAUUACUUGAAGCUCGAAAGUCUUCUGCCCGUGACAGCUCAGUUAUUACCAAUGGAAAUGGGACAAAUGGGCAGAGCAAUGAGAAAGCUUUGCAACGUUGGCUUGAUCAUGAGCUAGAAGUCAUGGUGAAUGUGCAGGAAGUUCGUAAUGAAUAUGAGAAGCAAAGUCAAGUGAGAGCUGCACUGGCGGAAGAGUUGGCCAUGCUGAAGCAAGUGGACGACUACGCUUCCAAGGGCCUUAGUCCUCCAAGAGGAAAGAAUGGAUUUUCUAGAGCAUCCUCCAUGUCCCCAAAUGCAAGAAUGGCCAGAAUAUCUUCCCUUGAGAGCAUGCUGAGUAUUGCCUCCAAUUCACUUGUAGCUAUGGCCUCGCAACUUUCAGAGGCAGAAGAGCGGGAGCGUACCUUCAUUAACCGUGGACGUUGGAACCAGUUGCGCUCAAUGGGAGAUGCAAAGAAUUUGCUUCAGUAUAUGUUCAAUUCUCUUGCGGAUGCUAGGUGCCAACUAUGGGAGAAGGAUAUGGAAACCACGGAAAUGAAAGAGCAACUUAAAGAACUAGUAGGGAUAUUGCGGCAGAGCGAAGCACGAAGAAAGGAAGUUGAGAAGGAACUAAAAUUGAGAGAGCAAGCUGUUGCCAUAGCACUGGCUUCAUCUGCUACAGCUGACCUUGAACAGGUGAACUCCCAGAAUUCAUUGAAACACUUUGCUGAGGACAUGAGUGGUCCCUUGUCUCCAAUGUCUGUACCAGCACAAAAACAGCUGAAAUAUACACCAGGCAUUGCUAAUGGCUCGGUCAGAGAAUCAGCAGCAUUUAUAGACCCUACAAGAAAGAUGGUACCAAUUGGGCAGUUGUCAAUGAAAAAAUUGGCAGUUGUGGGACAGGCAGGGAAGCUCUGGAGGUGGAAGAGAAGCCAUCACCAGUGGCUCGUACAAUUUAAAUGGAAAUGGCAGAAGCCAUGGAGACUUUCGGAAUGGAUAAGGCACAGUGAUGAAACAAUUAUCAGGGCAAGGCCUCGUCCACAAGCUCUGCCAAAUAUGAUGUAAUCCUCUGAGGUCACCAGCGGUUGCCAAUAUUCAUCUUGACCUAUAACUAUGACCCAACACAUACCACUGGCAGAGAAUAAAAAUAAGUGCAGUGUGCUGUAAGUGGUUGUGGAGGAUGUCUGCUUGUAGCAGUCAUGGAUGAGUUGAUUUUGAAGAUGUUAGUUUGUAAUCUUGAAUUCUUUUGCGGUGGUUGCUGCAUUUGGAGCAUCUUGUAAAGCUGUGUUGAUGCUGCCAAUCAUACGAAGAUAAUCAAAAGAUGACACUGAAAGCUGAGAUAAUGCAUAUGGUGAAAGCAGUGGUGAAAUGAUAUAUCUCGCUCAAGGUGUCACCAAUGUUUUGGUAUAUUUUCUCUCCAUUAUCAUACUUAGAUGGAAGAAAUUCUUUAGACAAGUCAUAUAAUUGUGUAUAAAGGGUUGUCUUUUUCUCUAUUUUGUUCCUUUUUUUUCUCAUUUUAAUUGUAAUUUGACUGGCUAAUUUGUUGUAGUGCUUAACUUUCUACUGUGUGUAAGCACGAUAUGGAUAUUGUGGAAAGAAUUGAACUCCGAAGAAUUUCUGCUAUAUCACAACAAAAGAAAUUCUUCAAUAGUCUAUUUUUACGGUUCUUUUGUGUAUAAGCUAUAUUGAAAGCAAAGGGAAAAAAAAUAUCUUGGAAGUUGGAUGAAA